AUGAUGACGCCGCAAAGAGUUGUUUCACGCCAUGCACCUACACCCCAAAUCGGGGAACCGGUAAGCCGGCCGGUCCAGGCGAUGACCGUGUCUGACUUGCCACAACCAAGUUGCCUGUUUUUCGUCACUGAUCGAAAUACCGGGAUACGUUCCUUGCUAGACACAAGCGCACAGGUCGGCGUUAUUCGCCCUCGUCUAGCUGAUCUCCAUCGUAUCUCUACAGGAGACCUGGUCACUGCGAAUCGCACACCCAUCAAAACCUACGACGAGCGUUUACUCACACUGAAUUUCGGUAUUCGCCGUAGCUUACCCUACGUAUUCAUUAUCGCCGACCUUCCACAGAAUAUAAUCGGCAUCGACUUCCUCCGAUACUUCAAUCUCAUGUUUGAUCCGGUGGGACAUAAGCUCAUCAAUCACCUCAUCACAUGUGAGACCAUCGGGAUACCUACGACCACUCCUUCGGACGUGGAUCAUUUUCACGACGAUAAAUCACUUCAGCUGGUUCUAGAUUAG